UGAUGAACAAAAUGGUGGAGGGCUAGCAUAGGAACCAUGGGUCAGAAAGUCACCCGCGAUACAUCGCUUGAGACCGCUUGCAUACCGGGCACGACUUCGCAGCGAAGAGACCUCGACCAGCACCUAUUCCGAGCUAGGCAUCUGCUGACCACGCUGAGCACCAUGUCCGAUGCACGCACCUGCCACGCUCCUAGCCUCAACUGCGAGCGCACGAGUGUCCAUGCCAUGGCUGCUCUUUAGCCAGUGCAAUAAGCGAGCCCAGCGAGCCGGGUCGCUCGUGCGGUCGUCCGUAUCGCCCAUCCUUCUCUUCGUCUAGCCACUCCGUGUGAAACACCUUCCUGUAUCUCUGGCCAGGGACCACCAGUGUGUCGACAGUCUUAAGAUAGAUGACGGGAUAAUGCACGUCAUCGCACGGCUCCCCUUCCUUCCGCGGGCUCUGGCGAUACAUAGACAGAUCCUUGGGAAAGCCAUACUAUCGUCGCGCAGGAUGUCUGUCUUCAACGCCUCUCGUCUCGUCGGCAAGACCGUGCUCGUUACUGGCGCAAGCGCGGGUAUCGGCGCAGCCACUGCCAUCUUGUUUGCGAAGGGAGGAUCGAAUGUGAUCCUCUGCGCGCGCCGCGUAGAUGCCCUGGCAAAGGUCGCUGAGGUGUGCGCCACUGUGCACCAGGAGUCCGGCCUCAAACAGGGUGGCAAGUUCGCUACCGUCCAGCUCGACGUUGCGGACAAGGCGCAGGUCGCGUCUCUCUUCGACAAAAUCCCUCAGGACCUGCACGACGUAGACAUCCUCGUGAACAACGCUGGGUUUGUGUAUGGCACUGAGCGUGUGGGAGAUAUUGCGGCAUCGGACUACGAGGCGAUGUUCUCUACGAAUGUCUUCGGCCUCAUUGCUAUGACUCAGCUCUUCGUCAAGAGGUUCAAGGCUAAGAAGUCCGGCCAUAUCAUCAACCUCGGUUCGGUAGCCGGCCGAGAAGCCUAUGAGCUCGUCGACACGCCAAUUCGCGUCACAGAAAUUCAGCCCGGCAUGGUUGAGACUGAGUUCUCCGUCGUCCGCUUCCGUGGUGACAAGACAGCGGCGGACAAGGUCUACGAGGGCCUGCACCCAUUAACUGCGGAGGACAUCGCUGAGGAGGUCGUGUGGGCAGCUGCGAGACCGCCACACGUCAAUCUGGCCGAAGUCUUUGUGCUUCCGGUUAAUCAAGCCUCCCCUAACAUUGCUUACCGGGGUGGAAAGUGAGUGAACCUGCUCGGGAGGAAGCGCACUCACGAUACUUAGCGUACAAACAAGAUCGAGAUUGUAAGCUAGCGGUAUAUAUCUUGUAGCAAUACAUGAGGUAUUCACAUGAG